GGCUUCCAAGGCAAGACCGGCCCCCCUGGCCCCCCCGGGGUGGUGGGACCUCAGGGAGCUGCUGGCGAGUCUGGCCCCAUGGGGGAGAGAGGCCACCCGGGCCCCCCCGGCCCCCCAGGAGAACAAGGGUUACCGGGACCAUCCGGCAAGGAGGGCACCAAGGGAGACCCCGGCCCCACUGGCUCCCCUGGGAAGGACGGUCCCGCCGGCUUACGGGGUUUCCCCGGUGAGCGGGGUCUGCCUGGCACCCCGGGUGGCCCGGGGCUGAAGGGCAACGAGGGACCGGCGGGACCCCCGGGACCCGCAGGGUCUCCUGGGGAGAGAGGUGGUCCGGGACAAGGUGGUCCCGUUGGCCCCCCAGGACGACCGGGACCGCAGGGACCACCGGGCCCCGCCGGAGAGAAAGGAGUUCCCGGUGAGAAGGGCCCCAUGGGUCCCGCUGGCCGCGAUGGCGUUCAGGGUCCCGUGGGUUUACCUGGCCCAGCCGGCCCCCCCGGCGGUCCUGGGGAGGACGGUGACAAGGGUGAGGUGGGCGAGCCAGGACAAAAGGGCAGCAAAGGCAAUAAGGGCGAGCACGGUCCUCCUGGUCCCCCUGGGCCCAUCGGGUCGGUCGGGCAGCCCGGAGCAGCCGGUGCCGACGGGGAACCGGGUGCCAGAGGUCCCCAGGGACACUUCGGGGCCAAGGGCGACGAGGGGACGCGGGGCUUCAAUGGCCCCCCCGGCCCCAUCGGACUCCAGGGGUUGCCGGGUCCGGCUGGUGAGAAGGGUGAAACGGGUGACGUGGGCCCCAUGGGCCCGCCUGGCCCCCCAGGUCCCCGUGGCCCAGCUGGACCCUCUGGAGCUGACGGACCCCAGGGACCCCCCGGAGGCGUCGGGAACUUGGGACCUCCUGGUGAGAAGGGGGACCCCGGUGAAUCGGGAGCUCCGGGAAUCCAAGGGGAGCCAGGAGUCAAGGGCCCGCGAGGAGAGCGAGGGGAGAAGGGAGAAGCCGGAGCUGCCGGUGCUGCAGGGCCGCCUGGAGGGAAAGGACCCCCCGGCGAUGACGGGCCCAAGGGCAACCCCGGUCCCGUUGGCUUUCCAGGUGACCCCGGACCCCCAGGUGAAAUGGGUCCUAGGGGCCAGGAUGGUGCCAAGGGCGAGCGUGGGGAGGACGGAGAGCCUGGAGAGCCGGGCUCACCGGGUCCGACAGGCGAGAACGGUCCUCCCGGUCCCCUGGGGAAGAGGGGCCCAGCUGGCUCUCCCGGCCCUGAAGGGCGUCAGGGUGAGAAGGGCGCAAAGGGAGAACCGGGUGCAGUGGGUGCUCCUGGCAAGACGGGUCCCAUGGGUCCCCAGGGCCUUGCUGGGAAGCAGGGCCCCGAUGGCCUCAGAGGUCUGCCUGGCUCAGUGGGAGAACAAGGCAAACCGGGGACCACAGGCCAGGCUGGACCCCCAGGACCAGUGGGUCCCCCGGGUCUCCCCGGCCUCAAAGGUGACACCGGCGCUAAAGGAGAGAAGGGCCACCCUGGUCUCAUCGGCCUGAUCGGACCCCCAGGGGAGCAGGGGGAGAAGGGAGACCGAGGUCUCCCUGGCCCCCAGGGCUCCACAGGGCAGAAAGGAGAAACUGGGAUCCCUGGUGCUACUGGACCCAUCGGCCCCGCUGGCCCCCCUGGACUUCCUGGCCCAGCUGGUCCCAAAGGUGCCAAGGGAGCCAUGGGCCAAGCAGGACCCAAAGGUGAACGUGGACCCCCAGGACCCCCUGGACACCCGGGCCCCCCUGGGGAGGUGAUCCAGCCCCUGCCGAUCCAGCUGCCCAAGAAGAGCAAGCGCUCCAUCGACGCCAGCAAGCUGGUGGAUGAGGAGGAGGGCGAGGAUGGAGAGAGAGCGGCCGCCGACCAGGCGGCUCGCGAUUACGCCGACGGCAUGGAGGAGAUCUUCGGCUCCCUCAACUCCCUCAAGCAGGAGAUCGAGGGGCUGCGGCGCCCGAUGGGCACCCGGGACAACCCUGCCCGUACCUGCCAGGACCUGCAGCUCAGCCACCCAGGCCUGUCUGACGGUGAGUACUGGAUUGACCCCAACCAGGGCUGCGCUCGAGACUCUUUCAAGGUUUACUGCAACUUCACAGCAGGCGGGGAGACCUGUGUCUUUCCCAGCAAGGAUGUACAGGAGGUGAAGAUGUCAGCGUGGGAAGAGGAGGUGCCCCAGCAGUGGUUCAGUCAGUUCCAGGAGGGCAGCAGGUUCUCCUACAUGGACUCGGAGACCCAGCCCCUUGGCGUGGUGCAGCUGACCUUCCUACGGCUCCUCAGCGUCUCUGCCCGCCAGAACUUCACCUACCACUGCCACCGCUCGGUGGCCUGGCACAGCACCAUCUCUGGGGACCACCAGCAUGCCCUCCGCUUCCUGGCUGCCAACGAGGAGGAGAUCAGCUACGACACCAGCCCCUACAUCAAAGCUGUGAUGGACGGCUGCUCGGCACGAAAGGGCUCCAGCCGGACGGUGCUAGAGGUGAGCACGCCCCGCCUGGAGCAGCUCCCGCUGCUGGAUGUACGCGUCAUGGACUUCGGCGAGCCCGGCCAGAGGUUCGGGUUCGAGGUGGGCCCAGUCUGUUUCCUCGGCUAGGACCAAACCGUCACCCUCCCUGCCACACCCUGGCCUCCAGUGGGGCAAACCUUGCCUCCUUGCAUCCCCCCACCGCCUCCGAGCAGCGAAGCAGCAGGACCCACCUCGCCCUCGCAUCAUGUCACCCACCCGCUGCUGCGAGGAGCCGAGGUGCCAACCCUGCCCACAAGCACCGAGACCGACACGCUGCCGCUGCCACCCCCAUGGGGGCCAGGGUCUGGAGAGAUGCCAAAGAGACUUUAACGCUUAGAAUAAAUCUAUAUUUUAAUAUGUAGAGAGACAGAGAGGAAAAUUUUUAACAGAUCCACUGGCUACCUCCCUUGGCGCCCAGCAGUGCUCCCUUCCUCCCCGUAUCUUCCUCUGAAUCCCACUGCUCUUUCCCAGCAUUCCCAGGGCUUAUAUUCCAUGCUCCCCCACAGGCCCCACCACCCCAGGGGGAACCCCUCGAGGAGCACACCCAUCAAGCAGAGGGAACAGUACUCAGGUUUGCUCUCUGCCUGGAGAGCCGGAGGGUUUUAAAGCCUAACGUGGCGAGCAAGCCCGGGAUGACGCUGGCAGGCUGGUCAAGCACCGCUAGCACGUGUUUGGGAUUAGCACCAAGAGAGCUCUCAUACCUCUCUGCGUGUGUGGAUUCGCACCACGGCAACCCUCGUGCUUCAAAGCCAGUCUCUCGGGGUCAGAAGGGAAUGGACCCAGGGACGCAUCUGUUCCCAGGAGCGUUACCCUCAUUGUAUGCAACCCCACAGCAACAGCAACAGUCCACCCCUGACAAUGCACCGACCUACCUGGGCUCUGUAGUCUGGCCCAGCCUGACUCAUAUAGGUGGAGUGGCCACUUGACUUUGCUACUCUGCUAAUCAAGGCUAAUUAAUUUGAAAAAAACUUGCCUCUCCCAUCAAGGUGCUACUUCUCUUCCCUGCUGCACCCAUUAGCUCAAAAGGGUUCCAGUCCCUGUCCUCAGUCCUACCUCCAGUCAUUGCAAAUCACCCCUCUUACAAAGGGCGUGUUUAAAAAGCCUCCGACAAAGCCUAUCCCUAGCUCGUGGAAGGAAGUAAGGAAGAAGGACAUUGUGUUUUUACUGUGUUUUUUAUUUUUUAAAUUAAUUAUAUUAUUUAAAGGAGUGGAUACAACCAUCAAUACUGGUCCCUGCGGCGUAAUUUUGGAUUUCCCCAAAAAAACAAGUGAAUUUCUGCAUGGAGAUUAACCCAGCCCAGUGCUUGGGGGAGGAGGGAGGGGAGGAAAAAAAAAAAAAAGUAAAAAAUUAUUUUCUUGGUGCCGUCCGAUAAAAAGAAAUUUAAAGGGGCACCGGUCUUUGCUUUUUAGUUUUCUUAAAAAGCAGAGGUGUGCCCCCUGGUGGUGAGCCGGCGGCCUGUAUAAUGUUUUGUAAGUAAUUUUUUAAGUUGUAUUGUAAUAUAUCAUCUAUAAUUUU